AUGCAGCACACGUCAUCAUCUGCGCCGUCUGCCGACACGCUGGCGGAGAUGUCUCUGCGGCACCGAGCGACGCAGCCUGCAGAGCCGACAUCAGCGGCGACGACGGCGGCCAAAGCCGUCGCAGGCGGCGGCAGUCGGGCCCGCCCUGUGCAGCGAGGGAGCGGGCGAAAGCUGGUGGCGUCCAAGGAGCUCUUCUUCGCCGGGUUCCCCUGCAGGGAGCCUUACCGGGGCCAAGCAUCGGGCGCCACAACGCCAGCCUCGGCAGUCGCCUACUCGAAGCAUUUUGUGCGUGGCUUCUUCCAGCAAUACGGCGCUGUAGAGGCGCUGUUCUACGACGAGAAGCGUGGCAUGGGCAGCGUCGUGUUCGCCGACGGCGCCGACGCCGAGAGCUGCUACCUUGCCGUGCAUCUCUCCUUUAUUGCUGCGCCUGACGAGAAGGGCGGAAUGGGUCAACCGACGUGGGAGCAGGACAGGCAGACCGAGGCGCUCGAUGAGCGGACGGCCCGCGCGCUGGAUCUUCUCCUGUGCCUCGAGUUUGCGCACUGUUGCCCGUUUGUGAACCCCUUUCUGCUGACGCGGGACGCCUCCCUGGUAGGCGGGGAGAAGCAGUGGGAGGUGCCAGGCGGCGAGCUGAGCCGCGCGCUCCUCUUACACAGAUUUCCGGUGCUGCUGCUGAGCUCGGACUCGCGGCCGUCGGCUACGGAGCCGAUGGUGCCCGUUGCGCCGCACGUGGUUGUUCGCUGGGAGGCGGAGACCGUGGAGGCGCCGGCGCCGCGCGUCGAGGUCGUCGAGGACGGUGACAGAGGUCCCGCAGCUGCGGCCCAUUCGUCAGAGGCGGUACCGUCACCUCAAUCCCGACGUGUGAAGCGUGUUGGUCCAGCCUUCCCGGGACGCGGCAUCGAGCCGCCUGUCAUCGAGGAGGCACUUUGGCAGAUCCUGCAGCCGGCUCACGUUGCCGCGCAGGACGGGAACGUGGUGACGGUGAUGGACAUGUGGUGGGAGUACUACAACCUCUACGCACUCCGCAAGACGCAGCCUUCGGCCGACCGCAUCGCCGAUGACGCCUUCAUCUACGCCGCGCAGCCGUCGCUCGCGCAGGAAGUGCGUGAGGUGCAACGGCAGAGUCGCGAGUACGCGCACGGCGACGAGGCGGCCGCGCAGCAAGUCAUGCGGCGACUUGUUUAUGACGACCUGUACCACAGUGCUCUGUGCUACCUUUAUGUAAAGCAGAAGCUCAAGUACGACCCGAUGUGGGCAAGCCUGAUGCGCGACUUGUACAAGGCGAAGGUGGUGUUGCACGUGCAGGCGUGGCGGGCGCUGGCGGAGACGGCCGAAGCCGCGAACCAAAGCAGUGUAGUCGAAGGUGGCGUCCAGAAUGCAGAACCCGCCACAACGCCAUCGUCCUCGUCGACCGCGACGGGGUCCCUCAGUACUCGUCGAGGCAGGGCGGUCAAGACCGCCCUCAAGGCGCUCUACGAGCCGCAGCCAACAAAACAGGAGGAUAUCGAGGCGCUGCGUGCGACGGAGCAGCUGUGGCGCACGAUGCCGCGCACGGAGGCUGCCGCAAACCUCAUCGAGAACGUGAAGCUGCUGGAGAAGAUCAAGCGCGGCCUGGUGGACCGAAACGGCCAUGACAAGGUCCACACGCGGCCGCCGCUACCGGCGCUGUCGCCGGACGGUGACGACGGACAGCCGUCCGACAUGAACAUUGAAGCAGCGUACCCGACUAUGAGUGCCGCCCAGCGAGAUGAGCAGCUGUACUCGGCGGUGAUGCAGAACGUUGACGGCUACGUGGAGACCGGGACGGCCGAUGAGCUGGUGGGUCUGUGCGAGAAUCCAAAGCUGUUUCGGUACGUCAAGGGACACAUCGGGUAUGAGGAGGCGCAUCGGGUGCCCUCCUACUGGCGUGCCUACGUCAACGCCCUGUGGGUGCCUCUGAUUGCGUUUCUCCUCCUAGGCUUCGGCACGUAUUACGUUGUGGACUGGCUGGGCAUCAAUGAGGCACAUGAGAAAGCCGUUGCAGAGCGCCAUCGUCGCGAGUUCCGCGCACACCUGCUCAACCAGCUCAACCACCAAGAGGCCCUCUUCGACCAAAAGGACGCGGACAGCGCACAACUCAAGGUGACGUUGCAGGCGCUGAAUGAAACGAUACGGCGUACGUCCGAGGCGGCUGCGAGGGCCGGUAAAAAGUUCCGCAUUGAGCUGAAGCAAGACCUCUGA